GCGGCGGCGGCGGCACCAUGGGCCGGGCCCGGCGCUUCCAGUGGCCGCUGCUGCUGCUGUGGGCGGCCGCGGCGGGGCCAGGGGCCGGACAAGAAGUACAGACAGAGAACGUGACAGUGGCUGAGGGUGGGGUGGCUGAGAUCACCUGUCGUCUGCACCAAUAUGAUGGAUCUAUAGUUGUUAUCCAGAACCCGGCUCGGCAGACCCUCUUCUUCAAUGGCACCCGAGCCCUGAAGGAUGAGCGUUUUCAGCUUGAAGAGUUCUCCCCACGUCGGGUGCGGAUCCGGCUCUCAGAUGCCCGCCUAGAGGAUGAGGGUGGCUACUUCUGCCAGCUCUACACAGAAGACACACACCACCAGAUCGCCACGCUCACUGUGCUAGUGGCCCCGGAGAAUCCUGUGGUGGAGGUCCGAGAGCAGGCGGUGGAGGGCGGCGAGGUGGAGCUCAGCUGCCUGGUUCCUCGAUCGCGUCCCGCCGCGGUCCUGCGCUGGUACCGCGACCGCAAGGAGCUGAAAGGCGUGAGCAGUGGCCAGGAAAAUGGCAAGGUGUGGAGCGUGGCGAGCACCGUGCGGUUCCGCGUGGACCGGAAGGACGAUGGCGGCAUCGUCAUCUGCGAGGCGCAGAACCAGGCGCUGCCCUCGGGACACAGCAAGCAGACGCAGUACGUGCUGGACGUCCAGUACUCCCCGACGGCCCGGAUCCACGCCUCCCAAGCCGUGGUGAGGGAAGGGGACACGCUGGUGCUGACGUGCGCCGUCACGGGCAACCCCAGGCCGAACCAGAUCCGCUGGAACCGGGGGAAUGAGUCUCUGCCUGAGAGGGCGGAGGCCGUGGGGGAGACACUCACGCUUCCCGGCCUGGUUUCUGCGGAUAACGGCACCUACACCUGCGAGGCGUCCAACAAGCACGGCCACGCGAGGGCGCUCUACGUGCUGGUGGUCUACGACCCUGGUGCGGUGGUAGAAGCCCAGACGUCGGUUCCUUACGCCAUUGUUGGCGGCAUCCUGGCGCUACUGGUGUUUCUGAUCAUAUGCGUGCUAGUGGGCAUGGUGUGGUGCUCCGUGCGACAGAAGGGCUCCUAUCUGACCCAUGAGGCCAGUGGCUUGGAUGAGCAGGGCGAAGCAAGAGAAGCCUUCCUCAAUGGCAGCGAUGGGCAUAAAAGGAAAGAAGAGUUCUUCAUCUGACCCCACCCCCACCCCAGGCCUGGGCCUGGGCCGGGUCCCCCCCUACUGCCAGCUGCAAGGAACCAGCAAAGACAUUACCAGAGUCUGGGAUGGUGGGCUUCCCCCUCACCACUAACACCUCAGAUGCUUGGGCAGGGAUGGGGGAUUGGAUACCUGGAUCUGUGCUAGGGCCAGAAGUGAGGGCCCCCGAGGUCCGGGUCCCCCAGGGGGCAGGGGCCAAAGGUCCACCCCCAAGUCCAGGGAGGGCAGUAGGGAUUGGGUUGUGGGAACAUAACUGGGGGAAAGCCAGGGCCCCUAGGCUAGAGAACCAGGUCUUGUGGGGAGGGAUCAGAUUCUGGGAAGGGAGGGGUGGGCAGGGAAGGGGAAUACAGAUUUCUUUGGGGGUCCCAGACCCCAUGCCAGCCAUUGUAAGAGUUCCACAGAGCUCUGGGCACCUCUUUGCAAAGCCAUGUUUGCACGGUGGGGGGACGGGUGGGGGGGCGGGCCUGGAAACAGGAUUCUGUGUCUUUGUGUCAAAACUUUGAUGGGGGCAGUGAGGGAGGCAGCCCCAGCUCUAUCCCCAACCCCCUUCCCUAGGCUCCUGGGCUCCCUGUCCCUCCACCUCCUCCUGAUGUCUGUCCCACCCAUAUUUGUCCACCCACUCCUGGGGGGGCCUUCCCCAUCUCUCCUCCAGGCCCCCCGGGGAGGAGAAAGGAGUUUGGGGGGAGGGUGCGUGGUCUCUAUGGUUUUAUAUAUAAUAUAUUAAAAAUUCAAAAAUCUGUAUGAAAUAUCAGAUUGCACCCCCUACCCCCCUAUUCCUGGCUUUUGCCCCCUUUUUCUUGUUUAAAAAAACACACAUUUUUGUACGGGGAGGGGAAAGGGAGGGGGUUUGGCAAUCCCACUAACCACCAUUAAACUGAGGAGAGAAC